AUGUCUGCUGCUGUGACGCCCUUCGCCGGCAACAACAUUUGCUGCCCCAAGUCCGCCCUUCAGAAGCAACCCUCCGCCUUCAUCGCAAAAACCAGGAAUCUCCAUGGCAGCUGCCUCCAGUGCUGCAGUAAAGGCGGCAGACUGAGGAGGAGGAACUUGCUUAUCUCACAGGGAGUCGCCUCUGGCUCGGUUUUCUGCUCUCUGCUAACUGCAGACAUUCCUGCCCAAGGUCUGUUCUCUCCUUGCCCCUCCCAUUCGCGUCACUCAUCGCAAUUUCUUUUCUCCAAUGCAGAGGUGCCCAGAAACUCCCAAAGCAAUAUAUAUUCUUCUGAUAGUUAGCUGGCGGUAUUCUUGAGGUUUCCCUGCGGACAUCUCUCAUUUUCCAUGUUCUGUUUCUUCUUGUUGGCGUGUGUAUUCAAUUAGGGUAUCUAGAAAAGACCAUUGGAUCUCUUGCAGGACCAUCCAGACAUUGUAAUGUGAUGUGAUGUGAUGAGUGAGGUUCUAGCGAUGGGCGUGAGCCCUACGGGGCCCUCCUAACAGUUGGUGCACGCCAACCUGUAGAAAACUAUGAAAGAGGCACAGGUUGGUGCAAAUGCUCCCCUUUCGAUAGGAACUCCAUGAGGAAAUUUCUGAAUGCCCGCAACAAGCUCGUGGUCUGAAGGUUUGUGGAGAGAAAAAGGAGGGGAUGAAAACAUGCGCUGCCAUGAAAGAACUCAGGCUGCAUGUUCUUGCGAUUCAGUGGAGAGAAGGCCGUAGGCUCAGCGCAUCACUGGGCAGAGUUUCAUGUAUAUGCCAAGUCUUUUUCUUGUGCCAAGCCCUCCGCUGAAUAUUUGCGGAUAAUCUCUUAGCGCAUGAUUGAAGAACUACAUAUAGCAAGCAUUUUCCUGUCCUGCCCAGUGAUGCGCCUGUGGUUGAUUGAUGGCGACCACAAUUUUCUGGCCUUCUUCUGCUCUAAAUCAACAGUUUUUUAUCAUGCUACACGUUCUUUGGCCUUGAAUCAGAACAGGGGCAUUCUAGGCUGUCAAACCUGGGACUCUUUCUGCUAAAAGUGCCACAGUUAUGAACCAUGCUUUCACUGUUAUGAACCAAAAUUGCUGACGAAGAAAUUGGCACCCUGGGUGGUUCCUCCCACUCCCACUUCCAUUUUCAUGUCGGCAAAUCAGCCUCGUCCUCUUCCUCCUCCUCUUCCUCUUCCUUCUCACGAGAUUAAUAUCAGUUUUAGGCUUGCAUUUGUGACCUUCGAUGGAAUUUCUUAACUUGGCUUUGGAAAACGCUUGCGUGCGCGCGCAGGAAUGGAAAGGCUGCCCUUCAAGCCGGAGGGUUACAACUUCUGGACGUGGCGGGGUCGCAAAAUACACUACGUAGAGCAGGGAAGUGGACCCCCGGUUGUUCUUAUCCAUGGCUUCGGCGCCUCUGCGUUCCACUGGAGGUGCCCUGCUCUCUUUUACUUAUCUCUUUGGCCGAUAAUCCUGCUAGCGGACCUUGGCUAUUCUCUGAUGCUGUUCAUGUAGCUUCUUCGCUGACAUGACACCUGGUUCGCGUUUUGCAGAUACAACGUGCCAGAACUGGCCAAGCAAUACAAGGUUUAUGCUUUGGACCUGAUAGGGUUCGGCUGGAGCGAGAAGGCGAUCAUCGAGUACGACGCGACCGUGUGGAGGGACCAGGUUGCCGACUUCCUCAAGCAGGUGGUGAAAGAGCCAGCGGUUCUCGUCGGGAACAGGUGAGCAGCGGAGAACGAGACCGCAGCCUCCAUGAAUGUUGGAGUCUGAUCCUCGAAUGGUUCGACUUUUCAGCCUGGGAGGCUUCACGGCGCUGAUGGCGGCGUCGGAGCUGUCCGACGCCGUUCGCGGGGUCAUCUUGCUGAACUCCGCCGGGCAGUUUGAGAACCAGAGCCAGAGAGCGGAGGACAGGAGCGAGGAGUCGAUCCCGAAGAAGUACCUGCUGAACCCCUUGAAGGAGGCGUUGCAGAGGGUCAUACUGGGGUUCCUGUUCUGGCAGGCGAAGCAGCCUUCUCGCGUUGAGUCCGUCCUGAAGAGCGUAAGCUUCUCUUCCGCGCAAACCCGGCGGCGAUCCUCGCCGGCCAUCUUCUUCGUGCUCGCGCUGGUGAUGCUGACGGGGAUGUUCUUGCGGCGUGCAGGUGUACAUCAACUCGACCAACGUGGACGACUACCUCUUGGAAUCCAUCACGCGGCCGGCGGCGGACCCCAACGCCGGCGAAGUCUACUACCGGUGA